GCCUGCUUCCAAGAGGAGGAAGAAGGGAAAAGAGUUAUUUCCGGUUUCCCUUCUUCUGGGGCUUGGUAUUUUCCAAUAUUUCCCCAUCUUUUACCUGAAGGAAGAUCUCCUUGAAGAGAAAAAAACAUUCCUUCAUCUUGAAUGGAGUCUGUCUGGGAUCACUGCACAAUGAUGGAGGAGAAAGACUCAGCUGGACUCAAGCCCAAUACAGGCUUUCCUAGUAUCAAGGGUGAGAACAGAGGGACAUUAUUGGAAAGAAGAACGAUGCAGAAGGAGUUGGGGGAGGAAACAUACAGGUCGGAGGUACAGUGGCAUAGCUUCAGACAAUUCCUCUAUAAUGAAGACUUGGGGCCCCGGGAGGUUUGCAGCCGCCUCCACUCUCUCUGCCGCCUGUGGCUGAAGCCCGAGCGACACUCCAAGGCGGAGAUGCUGGACCUGGUGAUCCUGGAGCAGUUCCUGGCCGUCCUUCCUGCCGAGAUGGAGCGCUGGGUGAGGGAAUGUGGGGCAGAGACCAGCUCCCAGGCUGUGGCCUUGGCGGAAGGCUUCCUCCUGAGUCGGGCCCAAGAGGAGAAGGAGAAAGAGCAACAGGAGGUUUUUCUGAAAGAGAGUCUUGAAAAGAUUACUUCCAACUCUGCACAGGAAAUGCAAAACAGGUGGAUCAUACAGGAAGAGGAGAAGGAAACUACCUCAUCGGAAUAUGGAAGCCCACCAGGCCCAAGAAACAGAGGCUCUGCACUUUGUUCCGAUGCUUCAAGAACAGUUUCCGAGAGCCUGGAUCAGGUAACCUUUGAAGAGGUGGCUGUGUCUUUCAGCGAGGAGGAAUGGGUCCUGCUGGAUCCGGACCAAAGGGCCCUCCAUGGGGACAUCAUGGCGGAGAACAGAGCCAUUGUAGCUUCUCUUGGCAUUUGGCAAGAGAAGGAGAACGAAGGAGAACGAAGGAUGCUUUUGCUACAAAGAGAUGAACGUCAACAAAAGAAAGAAACCAAUACAGAUCAUCAGGAGGACACGAGGAACAAGAUCUCUGCUUCUCAGGCUGGGGAUAACGGUAGAAUCUCACAAGAAACAACAGAAGGAGGGAAUGAAAGUAAUAAAUGCCUAAAGAACCUCAGUUGUGAAGAAAGUCGUAAUCUUCUUGCCGAACAGAGCCAGAAAAAGUGUGACUUUUCAGGGUGUGGAAAGAGCUUCAUGUGGCAUUCCCAGUUCGUCUUACAUCGGAGAAUCCACACAGGAGAGAAGCCCUUUGAAUGCUUGGAGUGCGGGAAGCAUUUCAGUUGGAAGAGCAGCUUCAUCCACCACCAGAGAACCCACACAGGGGAGAAGCCAUUUAAAUGCAUGGCGUGUGGGAAGGCAUUCAAUCAGAAGACAGAUCUGGCCAAUCACCAGGUGAUCCACACAGGGGAGAAGCCAUUUCAGUGCUUGGAGUGCGGCAAAACUUUCAGCCGGAGAACCAAUCUCAGCUCUCACCAAAAAACGCACUCCUGGGAGAAACCCUUUCAGUGCCUGGAAUGUGGGAAAGGUUUCAGUUGGAAGACAGACCUCCUUCGACAUCAAGCAACACACACGGAAGAGAAACCCUUUCAAUGCUUGGAGUGCGGGAAAAGCUUCGCUCUGAAGACGGGCCUCCUUUCUCAUCAAAGAACUCACGCCAGCGAGAAACCUUUCAAAUGCUCGGCGUGCGACCGCAGCUUCAAUCAGAAGGCACACCUUACUUUCCACCUCUCUACUCACACAGGGGAAAAUCCUUUUCAAUGCCUGGAAUGUGGGAAAACGUUCAGUUGGAAGAGAAGCCUCCUUUACCAUCAAGUGACCCACACGGGUGAGAAACCCUUCGAAUGCUUGGAGUGCGGGAGGCGAUUCAACCAGAAGAGAAACCUCGCUCGUCAUGAGGCAACGCACACGGGAGAGAAACCCUUUAAAUGCCUCGAGUGUGGAAAGAGCUUCCGUCAGAAGAUAAACCUCACUUGUCACCAAACAACACACACCGGAGAGAAGCCAUUUCAAUGCUCGGAGUGCGGGAGGAACUUUACUCAGAAGUCAGACCUCACUUCUCACCAAGUGACGCACACCGGGGAGAAACCGUUCCAAUGCCUGGAGUGUGGAAAGAGGUUCAGCUGGAAGAAAAGCCUCACUUAUCAUCAAGCCACACACAGCAGAGAAACCCUUUGAAUGCUUUGAGUGCGGAAAGAGCUUCAGUUGGAAGAGAAGUYUCGUUCUUCAUCAAAUGACUCACRUAACGGAGGAAA